GUUGCGGCCCCAUCGUUGGGCCGAGCGGCCGCUCCUGCCGGCCUGAGGGGGGAACAGCGCUGGGCCGGGGGGACUCGGCUGCGGUGGCCGUGUUUUUAAAGCUAAAACAACCCGAGAUUUGUUAAUUGAUCACCUCCGCGGCUCAGCUACGCCCUCCCCACAGCACAGCCCGGCAGAGUGAUACAUCACUGCUGGCUCUGCCAGUCAACAAAGUGAAACAAAAUGUUGAUAGCACAGCUGAGUUCCCAGUUGCUGAAGGCUUCGAGAAUUGCAGGCCACCUUUUGCCCAGGUCGGUGUCUUCCUUCCUUUGCUGCCGCGCCACGUCCGCCCACUACAGCACCCAGCCCCCCAACACGAGCGGGGCCCAGCCCCAGCACUGGCACAGCCUGGACCCUGAGCUGGAGGAGAUCCUGGUUCCCAGGAAACUCUCCAUCAGCCCCUUGGAGAGCUGGCUGUCGGUGAGAUACUCCCUCCCCGAGGCAGAGGGAGCUCAGGGGGAGGUGGGCCAUGAGCCCGCAGAGGGGUCCGAGUGCCCCCCGCCCGCCGGGGGAGCGGCCGUGGGGGAAGGAGGGGCGGCCCCCGGGGACGCCGUGCAGUGCAAGAACGUCCUGAAGAUCCGCAGGAGGAAAAUGAACCGCCACAAGUACAAGAAGCUGCUCAAGAGGAGGAAGUUCAUCCGCAGGAGGAUAAAGGAGGGGCGCAAGAAGAAGCGCCAGAUCAAGUUCGAGAAAGAUUUGGAGCGCAUCUGGAAAAGGGCGGGUUUGAAAGGCCCUCCUGCAGGAUGGCAAACACCCAAGAUAUUCCUGAGGAGCUCAAAGCGAUAAAACCCACCUGUCACGAGUUUUGACCUGUAAUUGUAAUUAAAAAAAAAAAUAAUAAUUUCAGUACGUGGAUGACAUUUAACCUCUCUCUGAAUGUGAUGAAAUAAGCAGUCCCAGAGGAGUGGUGUGAGCUCUUGGGUGCGGGUUUGGCACUGCUCUUUUGUCUCAGCAGAGGUGUCCUGGGCUGCAGCUGAAUUUCUGGAAUUCCUGUCUGAUUCAUUAGAACAUAAGAGUGGAAGAAUUCCUCUUGAUUGUAUAUAUGGCACAAGCAUUUGGAAAAGUUCAGACCUGCGUUCUUCAGUAGCCUUAUUUCAGAAAGGCUGGUGUUUUCUAAGAAUUCUGGGGAGAUGGGAGUUGGAUCAGAAUCCCAUAGAAUGUGUUCUGUAUCUGCAAAAGCUUUACCUGGAGCCUUGGUGUGCACGUGCCUUGGGCAUUGCAUGGACAACCUUAAAGGCACGUUUGUGCUCUUAUUUUGUGCUAAUAAAAGACUGGUUUGGUUUUGGUUUUUCCCCUUUGAUUGAUCCCUGUCAUACAGAACAUCUGGAUCUUGGUAUCAAUAAAAGCUCAGAGCUAAUUA